AUGAACAACGGCGUGGACUUUACCCUGUACGAGAGACGCGGCUGGUUCGAAGCGGGAGGGGGCUACCAGAUCCGCCUCGGCGACGCAGCCAUGGAAGGGUUCGAAUCUUGCCCAAGACAGGGCCGCAUUCCAUCGAUCCGGAACAAAAUCGGGCAGUCCAUGAACUAG